UCGCCUAUCGACUCCUGCAGCUGUUUUCAAGCGAGAAAAAAACUCGGAACAGGAAAACAAGGAUUCUGGAACUCGUGGUCGCCGCAGGAGCUGAUUGUAAAUAAGAAUCCAAGUGGAAACCGCCGAGUAAACCAGCCGCAGAGCCAUGGAGCCGCCAGCGUCGGCCGGAAUUGCCGGCUCGACGCACAAGUUCCAUCCGUGCGAUGAGGCUGUGAUAGCCACCAACGACGAUGCCAGCGAUUGCAAGCGAUGUGCGGUGCGCUUGGGCUAUUGGAAGGACGACUACAUCGGGUACUUUGUGCGCAACCAGGAGCGCAAGGCGCCGGAGAUCAAUCGCGGCUACUUUGCCCGUGUCAAGGGCGUGGAGAUGUGCGUCGAGAAGUUUCUAAAGAAAACCUCGGGCAACUGCCAGAUCAUCAAUUUGGGCUGCGGCUUCGACACACUCUACUUCCGGCUGAGGGACACCGCCCACCAGGUGAAGAACUUUAUUGAGCUGGACUUCCCCACGGUCACCGCCCGCAAGUGCUACACAAUCAAGCGCAACAAGGCCCUGCUGGCCAGGAUUCACGACGAGGAUGGAGAGGUGCGGCUCAGUCCCACGGAUCUGCACGGACCCAGCUACCACCUGAUGGGCGUUGACCUGCGCAACCUCGACGAGGUGGACAGCAAGCUGCAGCAGGCAGAAGUUGAUUACUCCCUGCCCACCAUAUUCCUCGCCGAGUGCGUUCUGGUCUAUAUCGAGGCGCAAAACUGCCGUAACCUGCUCAAAUGGAUUGCGCAAAAGUUCCAAGCAGCCGUCUUUGUCAACUACGAACAGGUCAACAUGAACGACCGCUUCGGCGAUGUGAUGCUCAACAAUCUGCGCGGACGCGGCUGCAGCCUGGCCGGCGUUGAAUCCUGCUUGUCGCUGGAUACGCAGAGGAACCGCUUCAAGGACAGCGGCUGGACUGGCGCCCGCGCCUGGGACAUGGUGCAGGUGUACGAGAGCAUCUCGGCGGCCGAGAGGCAGCGCAUCGAGCGGCUGGAAAUGCUGGACGAGGGUGAACUGCUGCUCCAGCUCUUCCAGCACUACUGCCUGGUGGUCGCCUGGCUGGGCGUGGCCUUUCAGGACAUAGAUAUCACGUGCGUGCCAGUCGUCGAAGAGUUGAUGUCCUCCCUGAACAUUGACUAGGAGUGAGUGCGGGCGGAAGGGAUAGAGAGCCAACCUACUUGGAUGCACUAUUUAUUGACUCUUUGCUCGGUUUGGAAGGUCAUGCCAAAAUAUUUUGCUUCUCAACGUGUUAAACUAAAUAGCAAAUAAUUAUAGAGAAACCAUCGAAAUCAAAACAUGUUUAGAUAUUUAUCCCACUCACAAAUGAUCUAAUUUGUAUUAAUUUAGUUGUUCCUUAUAGUUUUUUCUCUUGUUACAUUUUUAUUAUUUAAUCGCCUAAUAUUUACUAUUUUAUCACCGAGUUAUGGCACAAAAUAUUGAGAGGUGGUCAAUACGCCAUCCAUUCAUUCCCCAAUUUAAGUGUGCGUUUAAAGUGUAAAUGUAUUUUGAGACUAAUUAAAAACCAACUUAAAUGCAAAA